AUGUCACGUAUCAGUGAACAUUCUUUCACCUCUCUUUCUCUCAUCUCGCUCGCUACACAUAGUCCUACCUUUCCCUCUCACAUUCCCAGUUCCUUUCUUUCUCUUUUUCUUCCGCAGCUUUACGGACAAUUUCAUUUUCCUCAUCAUUCUUAUAUAAGGAAGGUAGAAACUCUCAUCAGAAGGGAGAGAGAACAGCGACAAGCUGACAUCAAAGCGACACGGACAGUUUCGAGCACACACACACCGAGAGGAUUCAGCGGUUCACACAACAGGCAAUGUCACGUAUCAGUGAACAUUCUUUCACCCUCUCUUUCUCUCAUCUCGCUCGCUACACAUAGUCCUACCUUUCCCUCUCACAUUCCCAGUUCCUUUCUUUCUCUUUUUCUUCCGCAGCUUUACGGACAAUUUCAUUUUUCAAGCUACUUGGAUUUCAGUAGUUCAUUCGUCCCCUCUUCUCUCUCUCUCUCUCUCUCUCUCUCUCUCUCUCUCUCUCUCUCUAUUUCUUUUUUUCUGGUUCACAAUAUUAAUUAUCUCUCCAAAUUUGGAAGAUCCCUUCUUACUACGAGUAAUGGUUGCAGUUAUCAGCCCGCCCGUACAACUCAUUCCUUAUCUUAUUUAUGCCUCGCACCAUUACUUCCUGAUGGCAUGAGGAAAUUCCUACGUUUCACUUAG